GGCUCUUGACACCUUAUCCUCAGCAAGAACAACACAAAGUUCCACUUUCCCUAUUUUCUUCUUCACUUUUCAACCAUGGAAACCUGGUUCCUCAUCCUCAUCUCCCUCUCCAUUUCUGCAAUCAUCACACUCUUCUUCAACCAUUUCACAAAAAAACCCUCCCACAACCUCCCUCCCGGCCCUCCCACCAUUCCCAUCAUCGGAAACUUCCUAUUGAUCAUCAAAACUUUCUCCGAACUCGAGUCUGUCCUCCGAAACCUCCGCUUGAGAUAUGGCCCCGUCGUCACUCUCAAAAUUGGCUCCAAACCUGCAAUCUUCAUUGCAGAUCGCUCUCUUGCUCAUCAGGCUUUGAUUCAAAAUAGCUCCAUCUUUGCUGACCGUCCACCGGCUCUCCCCUCGGACAAAAUCGUCUCCUGCAAUCAGCACAACAUCAGCUCCGCCUUUUACGGCCCCACGUGGCGGCUCCUCCGCCGCAACCUCACCUCCGAAAUCCUCCACCCCACGCGUGUCAAGGCGUACUCUCAUGCACGCAAGUGGGUAUUGGGAAUUCUUGUAAACAGACUAAAGUCCCACUCAAAAUCUGGUGUUGUUUGUGUGGUUGAUCAUGUUCGAUACGCCAUGUUUUCCUUAUUAGCCCUCAUGUGCUUCGGUGAUAAGCUUGAAGAAGAACAAAUCAAAGAGAUUGAACGUGUGCAGAGAAAUCUGCUUUUGAGCUUCUCGCGGUUUCAGAUUCUCAACUUCUGGCCGAGCGUCGGAAAGAUUUUGUUUCGAAAGCGUUGGGAGGAGCUGUAUCAGAUAACUCAAGACAAAGAAAACGUAUUGAUCCCGCUCAUAAGAGCAAGAAAGAUGCAACAAGAGAAGUUUAACACAGAAUCCGAGCCUGAACAAACAGAAAUCCAAUCUUAUGUUGAUACAUUAUUGGGCUUGGAGCUCCCGGAAGAGAAGAGAAAGCUUGAAGAAAGUGAAUUAGUGGCUUUAUGCUCAGAGUUUUUCGAUGCUGGAACUGACACCACAUCCACAGCUCUUCAAUGGAUCCUGGCAAACUUAGUGAAGUAUCCUGAAAUCCAGGAGAAGCUCUACAUGGAGAUGAAACAAAAUCUAAGUGAAAAGUAUUCAAACCCUCAAGACCAAGAGGCCAUAAAAGAAGAAGAAUUGCAGAAGUUGCCGUAUCUGAAAGCAGUGGUUUUGGAAGGCCUAAGGCGCCACCCUCCGGCCCAUUUUGUGCUGCCACAUGCGGUGACAGAAGACACAGUUUUGAACGGCUGUUUAGUGCCCAAAAAUGGUGUGGUGAAUGUCAUGGUGGCCCAGAUGGGUUGGGAUCCUGAAGUUUGGGAAGAUCCGAUGGCGUUCAAGCCAGAGAGGUUUUUGAGGAGUAACGGAGAAGAGAUUGAGUUUGAUAUUACCGGGAGUAGGGAGAUAAAGAUGAUGCCAUUUGGAGUAGGAAGAAGGAUUUGUCCAGGGUGGAGUUUGGCGAUGCUUCAUUUGGCGUAUUUUGUGGGAAAUUUGGUGUGGAAUUUUGAGUGGUCAGCUGGAGAAGAGGAUGUAGACUUGAGUGAGAAACAAGAGUUUACUGUUGUGAUGAAAAAACCAUUGCAGGCUCACUUGUCUCCAAGACAUACACCAACACAAAAUGAUUGAAGGGUUGAUAAUACAGUAUUUACACAUUAGUUUUGCGAUACAAAUAAAGUCUAGGAAAGUAUAUCAAAGUAAUAGUAUAAUCGUGUUACAUGUUUUUUGUUUUAAUAAUAACACAUCUUUCCUUUACAAUUAUAAACUUAUAUUACAUGUUUUCGGCAUGCACUUAAACAUUUCAUAUCUAAAAUAUCAAAAUAUUACUAUGUAAGUAUGUUUAUUAAAGUGAGUAUUUAUUUAUCAAUCUAUUUUAUUAUGUUAAAAGGGCAGUGGGUAGGUUGGGUCUAGACCUCUUGGGCCCAGAAGAUAUUUCCAUUUUUGUUGUCAGCUAGUUUGUAAAAGUCGGUGAUUUUUUAGCUGAAGUAACAUGAAAUUCAGUUGAAGGAACCCAGUUUUGGUCCCAUCUUUAUCUUUUGAAAGAUGACUAUGCAGCACAUUAAUACUGUAUAUUUGCAGGCUCUUUGUGAACAUAAAACUUCCGUU